AUGAGUUGGUUAAGUAUUAGUUUAGCUAUUGUCUUAGGAGGUACAUUAAUAAUACUCCUAAUAGGGAUAGCAUUAGGAACAAUAAAAAAUCCAACAUUUAUAAUUAUAUCUGUUACUGGACUUGCAAUUUCUUUUCUAUGUCUUAUGCUUUAUUUAAUUCUAAAAUAUUCUUCAAAAUCAUUUAAAAAUAUAAGAAGAAAACCUAAAAAAAAAAGAUUUAUGAAUAUAAAUUCAAAAAGACAAAUAAUAAGAAAACACGAUCCUAUAGAUCCAGAUACAACAGAAAUUUUAAUGAAAUCUAUUCGUGGCAUUCCAUAUUUAAUACAAGCUAUACAAUAUUCAAUGGAAACAACAUAUUAUCCAUCUUGUCAGACAGACAUUGGUACAGCAUCAGUUAUUCAUACUGCGCCUGGAUGUACAAGUGUUUUAGAUUAUGAUUCAGAAGAAGAACGAGAAGAAUUAAUGAAAAGAAUUACUCCUAGAAAUAGUGGACCAGAAGAAAAAUGGUUACCUGAAGAUCCCAAAAAAUGGACAAAUCAACAAUUACGUUUAUCAAUGAAUCGUGCAUCACAAUCAUUAUUAGUUUUUCCAUAUUCUGAAUCUAAUACUAAAUCAAAUUCUUUUGAUAAAGAUUCUAAUGUUGAUUUAGAUUGUAUUAAUUUAACACCAAGAUUAUCAUUUGAAAAUACAGAAUAUACACCUGUAACAAAAAUAUUGACAAAUGAAUUGUCCCCAAGAACAUCUGAAAUUCGUUGUAUUAGUAUGAGUUCAGCAUUUCUUAACAAAUUAAAUUCAAGUUUUAAGCAAACAAAUGAUAUUUUGAUUAUGCCUUCCACAAAAAAAGUUGUAAAAAAGAAGGUAGCUGCCCUUCCAGCUCAUAUGAAAGCAAAGGUUCAAAAGAAACCAGUUAAUCCACUUUUCGAAAAGCGUCCUCGUUCCUUCCAUAUUGGUGGAAAUAUUCUCCCAGAAAGAGAUUUAACUCACUUUGUUAAAUGGCCAAAAUACAUUCGUAUCCAAAGACAAAGAGCAGUUCUUGCUAAACGUUUGAAGAUUCCACCACCAAUAAAUCAAUUUAGACAAACUUUGGAUAAAAAUAAUGCUCUCAAUGUUUUCAAACUUUUCGACAAAUAUGCUCCAGAAUCUAAACAAGCUAAGAAAGAGCGUUUAGCUAAGCGUGCUGAAGAGAAAGCUAGCGGAAAAGCAGAAACUAUUACUAAGCGUCCAAACACUGUUGCUUAUGGAAUCAAGGAUGUAACUAGACUUGUUGAAACCAAGAAAGCUUCAUUUGUUGCUAUUGCUUUUGAUGUUGAUCCAAUCGAAAUUGCUCUUUUCCUUCCAGCUCUUUGCAGAAAAUUUGCAGUUCCAUAUGUUAUCGUCAAGGAUAAAUCACGUCUCGGAAAAGUUGUUGGAAAGAAGACAACAUCAUGCAUUGCUCUUACCAAGGUUAAUCCAGAAGACAAUGCUAAACUUCAAUCACUUGUCGAAGUAGCCAACACCAACUUUAAUGGACGAGGAGAGGAAAUUAGAAAACACUGGGGUGGAGCUAUUAUGUCAGCUCGUUCUCAAGCAAGAAAGCAAAAAUUCGAAAGAAUCCGUGCUUCAGAACUUGCAACUAAAAUCUAA